GCGCCGUGGACCCAGGGGCUCCUGGCUAUGGCAUGCUUUGUCAAAAAGACUCUUUUGGUCUUUCUCUUCUCUCGAGGUUUUUGCCUGCGGACCAGGUCCCUGUUUCAACUCCUUCUCUCAUGCUUCUGAGCGGUGACACUUGGAAAAGCAGCGCGAGGUUGGCGUAUGGGAGUGGCUAUAAAUUCUGCUUACUUUCACGGGGCUUACUGCUAUGGUUUGCGGCGUGCGCUUUGUGGGGAACCUGGGGUGGGUAUUGAAUUCGACGUCAGAGGAUCUCCGGGCGAGUGACAGAUCUGCGAAGUGGACUGAAUGAGUUGGUCCCUGAGAGAAGCAACCGAUAUCAAGUAGAGAUGACAUGCGUGUCUGCUAUUCCUUUAGGUGCCUUGGUCUG